CUGAUGUUUUACAUCUAUUUUGUAACCGAUGCGUUGAAAUGACAUUGAAACUUGACCGUGACAUUAUCUGACGAAAACAAAAUUCAGUAUUGCCGUUUACUUGCUACAAGGUUCAGUGGUAAAACUGUGGGGACUUUCUAUUGUGUAUACAUGGGAUGGAAGAAUCUGAAAAAAUUCAAGAAAUGACUAAACAAAAUAAAAAACGAUCGGUGGGGUUUAAAUCGAACGCAAAGACAGCGGAGCAUGUCGACAAUACUAUGGUCGACCUGCCGUUUGAGACGCUCUCCUGCUUUAGCGAGAUCGAGGUCCGGACGUUACAAGACUCUGAGCCGUGCCACAUUACAAGCAUGCUGAUGCUAUCGCCGGACCUGCUGUUGACCGUCGACCAUGAGAACUACGCCAUCAAGCUGAUGGACGUGUCCCGGAACAAGACCCCCAUGCUACUGACCUCGUUCUCCACUGAGUCGCCGCCCUGGGACGUCGCGAAAAUCGAUCAGAACCACGUGGCUGUCACCCUGCCCAAGGAGAAAAGCAUUCUCAUUCUGAAAACGGAGCCCCGGCGAUUAAUCUACCACAAGACGUUGAAGAUGGAAGGUAAAUGCGUCGCUAUAACCGCCGUACAGGGAAAAAUGCUCGUGUCUUUCAAUUCCAUCCGGCACAAGGCGUCCGUUCAGCUCUUGAAUCCUGAUGACGGCGCUGUGAUCGAGAAACUGGAUCUAGACGGUGUACAGUGCGUACCGGAUGUUGCGGUUAACGAGGAAGAAACGGUCGCGUUUGUAUCUGAUGCUUCAAACAACUCUAUUUUCAGGGUUAGUGUCAAUGUGAAGGCGGGUAGCGGUGAUGAGGAGGGGCCGAAGUUAAAGGUACUCGACUGCUUCGAGCACGCGGAGCUCAAGCGGCCUUGCUGCACGUUGCCGCUGAAGGACGGCGGGAUGCUCGUCUGCAGCAACGGAAACAACCAGCUCCUGCAUGUGUCGCCGUGCCUUGAGAAAGUGGUGGUGGCUAUGUCGGAGGUUCACGAGCUGUACUCACCGCGUGCCAUCUGCUACGACGAGCUGCAUCACCGGCUGUUUGUGAGUCAUGGCUUGGAUCAGAACCAGCAGUUCCGCGACUACAUCAAGUGCCUCGCAAAAGAGCCGUGACCUACUAUAACUGUACAUCUUCCCGAUAGGCCCAUACUCGCCGGACUUCUGAUUACGCUCAUACGUCUGUAACCGAAAUGUAGUCUGAUCUACGACGAUAUUUAGAGGACAAAGUGGUGUUUUUUUUCUGAGCUCAUCAAAAGUUGCCGUUCUGUUGGCUGAUGCGGAGGGUAAAAACACGCAUUUCAAUAAACACAUUUAAUGUACGUGUUAUCUAUGUGUGUGCACUGUCGCAAACAAUAGAUGCCAUAGAACUUCAAUACGUGCAGCGACGAUACAGUUUAUAUUCGUUACAUGACUAACAUGUUUUAUUAUUGAAUAUAAUUAUCUAGAUUUAAUAAGAAUAUCGAGACUUUUACUUUUAUCGGCAUUUACGAUUGUGGGGUGUAGUUUUCGUUGUUUAGUGUCUAAUGAUCAUUUAUGUAAAUCUGUGAAUUAAAAGUGUUAUUGUAAA